CUCGCAUUGCUCUGUCAUGAGAGACUGCUGAGAUUUCUGAGUCGAGAAAACGUCCAGUCAUGGUUAGUAUAAGCAUGUGGUACUACCUCAACAUUUUCACUUCCCUUCUGGAAUCCAGUGACUCAGAUGGGAAGGAGAACGUAUAAAAAUGAAGUGAGGCGGUCAGGGAAGUCAAAGCCACAGUGAGCGCUGGGAACACAAGACAGGACUGAUCUACAGCCAGACACACAGCAGGACAGCUGCAGCACAAGGAUGGAGUCCAUGAAAAGCAAACCAAGAGAAGCCACUGGCAGUGAUCUGUCUGAGCAGAUAAAAGCAGCCACCAAAGACAGUCACGUUCGAGCUGAGAACACACAACUGAUGCUCAACUACCAGAAAGGACAGAUCACGCAAACACAGUACAAGCUCCUGCUGUGCUCUCUGUAUGAGAUCUACCGAGCCCUCGAGGCAGAGCUGGACAGGAACGCCGAUCAUCCCGCAGUUCAGCCCAUCUACUUCCCUCAGGAGCUGGCCAGACUGGAGACUCUGGAGCUGGACCUGGAGCACUUCUUCGGACCCCACUGGAGGAAGAGGAUAACAGUGCCUGCCGCCACUCACAAAUACACCCAAAGACUGAGAGAGAUUGGCAAGAACAGCCCCAAUCUUCUAGUGGCACAUGCAUAUACGCGCUAUCUUGGUGAUUUGUCAGGAGGACAGGUGCUGGGCAAAAUCACCCAGAAGUCCUUGGGACUGAGUGGGAACAAGGGAGUUUUCUUCUUCUCGUUUCCUGGAGUGACAAGCGCCAACAGAUUCAAGCAGCUGUACAGGAGCAGAAUGAACAGCAUUGAGUUAACAGAGCAGCAGAGACGGGAAGUGCUGGACGAGGCCACCAGAGCUUUUGAGUUCAACAUUGAGGUUUUUGAUGAUCUUCAGAAAAUGCUGAGCAUCACAGAGGAAGCUUCAAGUGGAAAAGGAAAUGACGUCACAUCCAAAACUCAGUCAAAAACCUUCUCCAGCUCUCCAGCGCUUCAGUUCGCAUUGGGUGUGGGAAUCACUUUGGCAACGGUUGGAAUGGGAGUUUAUGCAUUUUGAUGCGUAGAACUUUUAAUCCUUCAAAUUUUGUAACAUCUUAAUAUUAUGACGAGAUAAAAUCUACAGGCUGAUCUUUAACACACACUAAUCAUGGAUAUUAUAAAACAUGCACCCAGUAAUAAAUCAAUUACAUCUUCAAUUAAUUUAAA